UACGCUUACACGAAUCAUCGGUCGGACUUCCGAGAUUACCGUCGCCGGACCGACCAAACGACAAUCAAAUGCGUAUGCCGCGGGUGCGUUAAUCGACUGUCGCGAACCACAUAAUAUUAUAUUAUUAUUUACCAUUUUUACUUUAGCAGCUAACCAACUGUUUUUUUUUAUAGUAGAUUGGUGAAAAAAUAAACGACGAUAAAUUGAUUGAUUCCCGUCGAAAACGUUUUUGUUCGGUUUUUAUUUGUCUUUCAGUUGAGUGUUUUUUCCAUCUCAGACCGUCCGCCCUCUUUUCACUGUUACGCGUCGCUCUCUGACGUACAUAUACCUAAUAGUAAUAAUAAUAAUAAUAAUAAUAAUAAUAAUAAUAAUAUAUAUAUAAGCGUGCGCGGAUAUACACUGCACACGCGGGCGUUGACAUUGACCGGACGAUUAAAUAAUAAUAAUAAUUAUUAUUAUGAGCAACAAUAAGAAAAUCCCAUCCGUUCUCAACGUCAACGCGGAGGGGAAUACCUCUUCGUUUUUAAGAGCGGCACGAUCCGGGAACCUUGAUAAAGUUAUUGAACACUUGAAAAAUAAAAUCGAUAUAAAUACAUCAAACUCUAACGGUUUGAAUGCUCUGCAUUUGGCUUCAAAAGAUGGGCAUUUAGAAAUCGUAAAAGAGUUAUUGAAAAGGGGUGCUAACGUAAACUCGGCUACAAAAAAAGGAAAUACUGCACUUCAUAUUGCUUCUCUUGCGGGGCAAUAUGAUGUGGUGGUUACGCUUGUGGAACAUGGCGCAUUGGUCAAUGUGCAAAGUCAAAAUGGUUUCACCCCUUUGUACAUGGCUGCACAAGAAAAUCAUGACAGAGUUGUUAAGUAUUUGUUAGCAAAUGGGGCCAAUCAAAAUCUGGCAACUGAGGAUGGAUUUACACCAUGCGCUGUUGCUAUGCAGCAAGGUCAUGAAAAGGUAGUAACGGUGUUAUUAGAAAAUGACACCAAAGGUAAAGUGCGUCUCCCAGCAUUGCAUAUUGCAGCAAAAAAAGACGAUUGCAAAGCCGCAGAUUUACUCCUUCAAAAUGAUCAUAAUCCAGACGUAACAUCUAAGAGUGGAUUUACUCCAUUACAUAUUGCUUCGCAUUAUGGAAACGACGGUAUUGCUAAACUUCUCCUUGCUAAAGGCGCUGACGUUAACUACUCUGCUAAACAUAACAUAACUCCAUUACACGUGGCAGCGAAAUGGGGUAAAAGUAACAUGGUAUCUUUGUUGCUCGAAAGCGGUGCAAAUAUUGAAGCUAAAACUAGAGAUGGUUUAACGGCUUUACAUUGUGCUGCAAGAUCCGGACACGAUCAAGUUAUUGACAUGCUUCUACAAAGAAAUGCUCCAAUUAGUUCAAAGACCAAGAACGGUUUGGCGGCAUUGCACAUGGCGGCACAAGGAGAUCACGUGGAAGCUGCUAAGGUGUUAUUGUCCAAUAAUGCUCCCGUCGACGACGUGACUGUAGAUUACUUGACCGGUCUUCAUGUGGCAGCCCACUGCGGACACAUCCGUGUGGCUAAACUUUUAUUGGAGAAACACGCGGAUCCUGAUGCUAGAGCAUUGAACGGUUUUACGCCGUUGCACAUCGCAUGCAAGAAGAACCGUAUCAAAGUUGUGGAAUUGCUACUCAAGUACAACGCGAGCUUAGAAGCGACUACAGAAUCCGGUCUCACUCCGUUACACGUCGCCAGCUUCAUGGGCUGUAUGAACAUCGUGAUUUUCCUGUUGCAACACGAGGCCAAUCCAGAUCUGCCGACUGUGAGAGGAGAAACGCCGUUGCAUCUAGCUGCCAGAGCCAAUCAGACAGAUAUUAUUCGUAUAUUGCUCCGCAACGGAGCUCAAGUGGAUGCCAGGGCUAGGGAAAAGCAAACGCCGCUUCACAUAGCUUCCAGGUUGGGUAACGUGGACAUCGUCAUGUUGCUGUUAGCACACGGCGCAGCAGUCGAUUCGACCACGAAAGAUCUAUACACCGCUCUACAUAUUGCCUCUAAAGAGGGCCAGGAGGAGGUUGCAUCAGUGUUGUUGGAGAAUGAAGCCUCAGUGACAGCAACUACUAAAAAAGGGUUUACCCCACUACAUUUGGCAUCAAAAUACGGCAAUAUUAAAGUCACCAAGUUGCUGUUACAAAAACAAGCUCCAGUUGAUGCACAAGGAAAGAACGGCGUAACACCACUACACGUAGCAAGUCAUUAUGAUAAUCAAGCUGUUGCUUUAAUGUUGCUUGACAAACAGGCAUCACCUCAUGCCACAGCAAAAAAUGGCCACACACCACUUCAUAUAGCAGCAAAAAAGAAUCAGAUGGAUAUUGCAGUAACAUUAUUAGACUAUGGAGCAAAAGCAAAUGCCGAGUCAAAAGCAGGAUUUACUCCUCUUCAUCUUAGUUCUCAGGAAGGUAAUGUUGAAAUGACCACUUUACUUUUGAACCACAACGCCGAUCCUAAUUAUAAAUCAAAGAACGGUUUAACACCAAUGCAUCUCACCGCACAAGAAGACAAACAUAAAGUAGCUGUUGUUUUGGAUAAUUACCAUGCAGAUAUCAAUCCGGAAACUAAAGCUGGAUUUACUCCCUUACACGUCGCUUGUCAUUUUGGUCAAUUAAAUAUGGUUCGAUUCAUAACUGCUCGUCAAGGAGUUAAUAUUAAUGCGACUACAGCUUCGGGAUAUACACCACUUCACCAAGCAUCUCAACAAGGCCAUUCUACCAUUGUAAGCCAUUUAUUGGAUAAAGGAGCUGAUCCAGAUUUAUUGACAAGUCAAGGACAAACAGCCCUGUCAAUUUCUCAAAAAUUGGGUUACAUAAGUGUAGUAGAAGCUUUGAAGAAUGUUACCAAAGCAGUACCUUCAUCAACUUCAGACGAAAAAUACAAAGUAAUUUCUCCAGAAACCAUGCAAGAAACAUUUAUGUCAGACUCAGAAGAUGAAGGAGGUGACGUUUUGCAAAGCGGAAGCGUCGAGUAUGGUCUCAACACUAGAACUCAACUAACACAAAAUGUUAUCGUUUCGUCACGUGAAGAGACAAUGAUAAAUGAACAAUCAUACAGGUAUUUAACAGGAGAGGAAAUGAAGGGUUUCGGCGACGAAUCAGCUCCUAUCGAUGUCACUCGGGAUGAGAGAUAUGACGUUAAUACUGUACCCCCCACAUCCAUCGACGAAGCCAUCAGUCCACAGACCGUCUAUGACAGUUACAGCGGCCCUGUGGAUAAUGUCGACAUUGUUAAAUAUCCACCUCACGUUGGACGUUUACAAUGGAAGACGUUUUUGGUUAGCUUCUUGGUGGACGCUCGCGGCGGAGCGAUGCGUGGAUGCCGGCACAGUGGUGUCCGCGUGAUCGUACCACCUCGACGAGCAUCCAUGCCAACACGUGUGACUUGCCGAUAUUUAAGACGUGAAAAAUUGGUGCACCCGCCGCCGUUGAUGGAAGGCGAAUCGCUAGCUAGUAGAAUACUUGAACUCGGUCCUGUGGGAGCUAAGUUUUUGGGGCCCGUUAUGAUCGAAGUACCGAAUUUCGGAUCACUCCGUGGAUCUGAAAGAGAAAUCGUUGUUCUCAGAUCGGAAAAUGGCGAGACGUGGAGGGAACACACGGUUGAGGUGACGGAUGAAGUCGUCAAAGACAUACUCGGAGCGAACUUUGAAAAAGAAGACCGCGACCCGUGGCAUUCCGGUAACCGUCUGACGCGGAUCGUGACUACAGAGUUUCCGCAUUACUUUGCCAUCGUAUCCAGAGUCAAGCAAGAAGUACACGCUAUCGGGCCGGAGGGCGGUAUGGUCUCGUCGACGGUGGUGCCACAGGUGCAGGCGGUAUUCCCGCAAGGAGCGCUUACCAAGCGCAUUAAAGUCGGCCUACAGGCUCAACCGAUCCCAUCCGAGCUGACGGCCAAACUGCUGGGUAACAGAGUGGCCGUAUCACCCAUCGUCACCGUCGAACCUAGAAGGCGAAAGUUCCACAAACCAAUCACGCUCACGUUGCCCUUACCUCAGGCCUCUUCCAAGGGGAUGAUCAACCACUACACGGGCGAUGCGCCCACCCUAAGACUUUUGUGCAGCAUUACAGGAGGAACAUCCAGAGCACAAUGGGAGGAUGUUACAGGCUCGACGCCUCUUACAUUUAUCAACGAUUGUGUAUCGUUCACUACAACAGUUUCGGCGCGAUUUUGGUUAAUGGACUGCCGAAAUGUGGCGGACGCGUCUAAAAUGGCUACCGAACUAUACCGGGAGGCCAUACACGUACCAUUUAUGGCCAAGUUUGUGGUGUUUGCCAAACGAACAGAUACAAAUGAAGCUCGAAUACGAUUGUUCUGUAUGACAGACGAUAGAGAAGACAAGACAUUAGAACACAAAGAACAUUUUACCGAAGUCUCAAAUAGUAGAGACGUCGAGGUUCUGGAAGGCAAGCCCGUGUACGUCGAGUUUGCAGGAAAUCUUGUCCCAGUUACUAAGUCUGGUGAACAGCUCAGAUUGGUGGUGCGGGCAUUCAAAGAAAACAGAUUACCAUUUACCAUGCGCGUUAAAGACCCCAGUGCCGAACCACGAUCGUGGACUAUAAUAAUGAAAGAACCAAAAGUUUCUAAAAAUGAACCCGCUCAAACACCAGUUUGUGUUUUACAAUUCGGAUUGCCCGAAAACAUUAUACCCGAAACAGAUGACAAUGUUGAUGAACAUUAUAAUUACACAUACACCCACGAUUCGAACACCGAACCACACAAACGUAGUGAACUCCGAAUAACCGACAUUAGUAAUUUUGUAUCUGAAGAUUGGAUUAAUCUGGCACACGAAUUGGGUUUCCAAUCGACAGAUAUUGCUCAAAUCCAGAGAGAAUAUCCAGAUAGCAGCGGUCAACAGUGUAUGAGCAUGCUUAACUUGUGGAUGAAUGAAAUAUCUGGCCAAGAUUCAGUCAUUGCUUUAGAAAGAGCUCUAAACAAUAUAGGUAGAGCUGAUGUAGUGGAAAAGUGUAAUUUUGCGGAAAUCGGACACUAUCCUUCGCAAAAUGGCAUUUACGCAGAACCAGAAAAACAUCAAAGCUCUCAAUCUCAGAAUAAUAAAUACGCUGCCGAAGAGAAGGCUGUGAUUGAAGACGAGAUCGUCAAAACUGUGACCGAAAGACGAAUGGAAAUCGAACAACGAUUGAACGGUGAACCGGUGGUCAUCGAUAAGAAAUAUGAGCCGUCCACUAGGGGAGACGACGCGGUCCAAAUGACAUCCAAACCUGCGGAGAUGCCCGCCGCUGUCGAACCGAUCGAACCCACCGAAGUGUCGUUCGAGCACAAACGCAUGUCAUUCGAGAGAGGCGUGUCGAUUGAACAGGUACUCCAAGAAGACAUCCCGGUAAAAGAAAAAUCGGUCAUGUCAGAAGAGAAAAAGAUGCCGUCGAUCGAAGAAAAACCUAUUGACGUUGACGUGGAUGUGGACGCGACGAGCUUGACGUUUCACGAAAAAAGAUUGUCGUUUGAGCAAGGCAUACCCGUCAAGGAAAUCAUUCAGAAAAAGGCGGAGGAUACCACCACCGUUCCUGAACACGAAAAAGAAUCGACAACAAUAAUUGAAACCGAAAAGUCAGUCGAAAAAAGGGAUACGACGUUGGCAGAAGACGCAAAAGUUUCCGAUACAAAAGCAGUACCAAAGCCUAGUAUUGAAUUGACUAAGGAUACAGAUGAGAAAAUAAGACGCGAUUCGAUAUUGUUUGAAGAAGUUUCUCAAGGUUUGGUGAAACUAGAUUCAAAUGAAUCAAAAGUAGAAGACAAAUCUGAACUACUAUCGCCUCAAUCAUCUAGAACUCCUCCACCUAGCCCGGCGGAGUUCAAAGAAAUAGAGUCUCAAAAUGAAUCUAAACAACGCCAGACAGAAUCCGUAUCUGCAGAAAAAGAACCGCAAACAGGGAAUGAAGCCAAUCAACCUCAACAACAAAAUGCAAAGUCUAUAGAUAAUUCUGAGCGCAGCCCAGAAUUAACAACUAACGCCAACAACUUAGCACUACAAAACUCCAUAGAUAAAAUCCCACCUAAACCAAAUCCUAGACAUUCCAUUGACAAUAGUGUUACAUCUUCUUUAGAUGAAGAUGAUGUAAACUAUACUACAAAAAAACAAUUUUGGGAAGAAAUAACUAAAACUAAUCAACCUCCUCUGCCGAAACCUAGAUAUAGCAUUUCAUUUCCAAUAAAAGAUUCGAAAAGAUCUUUAACUAACAAUGCUUCUUUAGAAUACUUCACAAGUUCAUUCGGUACUUCUGAUAAUGCAGAAGUGCCUGAAAUGAACAACAAGCCAAUGACAAGUAACCAAACUACAGAAAAAACUGUAGUUUCUGAGCUCACUUGUCUAAAGUCGGAAUUGCUCGGUGAACAACCACAUAUACCACAAAAAGAAGAACAUAAUGAUAUUAAAGAAACUAAACGAUUAGAUUCUGAAACUGAAUAUAUUAUAAAAUAUGGAGAAGAAUCAUUAGCUUUUGAAAAUGAAGGCUUUCAAGAAGAUGUUUUUGAUGAUAAAGUUUCAACUAAAACAGAAUAUAUUCAGUAUUCAAAUAAAAAAAAAAUGGACACAAAAAAUAGAUCAAUGUCAUUGCCAUCUCAUCAAACUGAACAUAAUUCCUCUAAAAAGUAUAUUCAGCAAAUUAAGCCUCAGAUGGAGGGUAUACAAAUGGAACAAGAAUCUUCACCUGAACAUAAAUCUUUGAAAUCUACAACACAUCAACAGUCACCAAGCCAAGAAGUUCUUAUUAAUCGCCAAAUUCAUAAACACAUCUUUUCAAAUGAAUUGGAUGAGCAAAUAGAUUCAUUAAUACCAGAAGAAAAAUAUUUAGGCUUAAAAUGUGAAAAAAGUAUUUCAAUGAACUCAAUACAUUCUUCAUCUGAUAAAAUUUCAGGAAGUACUAGUGAAAAAUCAAUUACAAAAACUGAAUCUGCUGAAUCAUCUGUACUCGAUGAAUUACCUGAAGAAAUAAAAUUAAACAAAGUUAUUUCAAAACAGUCAAAAGACAAAAAUUCAUCAAGUUUAACUCAAGAUCAUAUUGAUGAAAUUCCUUCGGACUCUUGUUCAUUUAUUGAAGAAAAAGAAAAAUCCAUUUUACAUACUGAAUCAAUGGAUUCUUCAAUGAUUGAUGACGAAUUACAUCAUGAAAUAGAAAACGAAAAAAAUAUGUGUUUACAAAUUGUACCAGAUCGUAUUAUUCACACUCCAGAAGAACACAUUCCAGAUACAAUAUGGGAAGUCACUCAGCUCGGAACAGAUGAACAAGAAUUAGAGAACAUCGAUAUUAAAGAUCAAUGUCUUUUCCAUAAAAAUUUUGUUCAACAAGUUGAUUCUAUAGAAUCUCGUGAAAAUACAAAAAAAGAAAUGACUGUAGAACUAGCUAAAACUAUAGCGGUACAAUUAAUUAAUGAAAUUGAAAUCGAGCUUACGAAACGUCAUGAUGUGUUGGCCAAUUUACAUCAUUUAAUGAUAUCGCCUGAUCAAUUUCAACAACUUGAAAAUAGUGGCUUUUUAGAUAUGGAAGGAAAAGAUUUGCAAUUAAAAAUUAUGGAAUCAGUUUUAGCGAAAAAAUCCAGGGACCAAUUAAAAAGUGUAUCAAAACAUGAUACUAUUACUUCGAGCAUUGAAAUUACAGAUGAGGAUUUAAAAAGUAGUGGUUUUGAAAUUGAAUACGAAGGACUAACAAAAUCAAAUAUCACUGAACAUAUUAUUCCAGAAAGUGAUUACGAAAAAUCUAAAACAAAUCCCUCCAAUGAUGACCAGGAUAUAUUUAAUGAAUAUAGACAAUCUUCACAUGAUGAAAAAGAAAAAUAUUAUAAAGAGGAAAAAGAUAAUUUAAUUAUUGAAGCGUGUAUAAGAGAACAACAAAACCAAAACAAUAAUCGAAUAGAAUCUCAACAAAAAACUUAUUUUUCGAGUGGGCAGAUUGAUCAUAAAUUUAUAUCCGAUAAACACUGCAAUGAAACUAAAACAGAUGUUCUUGAAAAUAAGGUAAUCAAUGAAAAUAAUCAAAAAAUAGAAACACAAGAACUUGGAUCAUAUUACAAUUCCAAUGAUGAUAAUAGUGUUCAUGAUAUUCUUAAUUCGAGUGAAACAUCAAAUACUGAAAAGGGGAAAAUAAUUAAUGAACAUUUCGUAAAAAAUGAUAGUCAUAAAUUUCACUCUAAAGAAUGUUUUGAAGUAGAAAAUAAACAAAUUAUACACGGGGAAACUGAGGACAGUAUAAAUAAUGAAAAACACGUUGAUACAUUAAUAAAGGAUUUCGAUGAUGAACUGAUAAAAGAAGAACAGCACUCAGAACAAACCACAGAUGAUGGAUUGGAAAUAUAUAAUAUAGAUAGAAAAGAAUACCGAGCAACAUCUUGUAUUUUGAAAGAAACAGUGAACGAUUAUAAAAACGAAGUAACAAUUAUAAAAGAAUUUGAGCCAUGUUCAUCAAAGUCACUAAUCAAACAACCAAGCACGGAAUCUUUUCCUUCAAAAGAAAAUUCCGUACACUCACCAACUUCACCAUCGUCGUCUUCAAUUGAUAUUCGUGAAGAAAAACGAGUAAAUUUUGAUACCGUUGUUUUGAGAAAAUCUGAUUCCAUUAAUAUUAAUAAACUCUCAUCAAAAAAACCUGCAGAUUCCAGUUCAAGUGACAGCCAUUAUCAUUCAUUUGAUCUCACGUCGUCUAGUAGACCAUGUUCGUCAGACGUGGAUGGCCUCUUAGCUGGAUCUUCUGAGUAUGAAUCUGCCAUUUCCGUACCAUCAAAUGAGUAUCACACUGCAAUAAGUUCACUGAGUUCAAGAGAAUCAAUGAAAUCUCUAGAUUCUGAAAGUUCUGGAAACCUUGCUUCAGUAGAAAACAGUGAAGCAUCUGAGACACUUAUUGCAUCAACUGGAGAUUUAGAUUUUGACCAAGAUGGUUCAAACUCAAUUUUAGAAGAUGAAGAUAAAAUAGAACCAUAUGAACAAGAAAUACCAAUGCAUAUAAUUAGAGGAGAAUCUUUACCAAUUAUAGCAGAGUUAACUGAAAUGAAGUAUAGUUGCAUGUAUAAAACCCAACCAUUUUCUCAGCCAACUAUUAAUAGUGAAAAAAAUACACAAAAAAUGAAAAGAUCACAUGAAAUGACUUUUCAUCCUAUGCCAAAACAUAUAACCAGUGACAGCUUAUCUGAUUCAUCAUCCCACGAAGAAAAGUUAUUUUCUAGUGAGGAUGCUAGUAUGAGUAUAUCGAGUACAGAAGGCCAAGCAAUACAAACCGUUGUUGAAGCAAUGAAUGGAUUUCCAGAAUCUGGAACAAACAGUUUUAGCUUCAACGAUGAAAAUACAAAAUCUGUUGAAACUUCGACGGAACAAAAUGAAAACGAAUAUUAUGACAAUGACAACAAAUCUGUAACGAUUCUAUCAUCUUCAAUACCAACAGAACAUGGUGUUUGCCAAAAUAUAUGUACACAAAUGACCACAAAAUCAGAAGAAGUACAAAAAAAAGGACACCGAAGAAAUAGUAGUUCAUUUAGUAAAAUAUUAAUGGAAGACUUUGACACUAUUGAAAACAAAGAAAGUGUAGAUACAAGUUUAUCUAAAGAAUUUAAAGUUGAUAAUCAGCAUUUAGAACAUAUUCAAGAUGUAUCUAAAAUGAAAUUUGAAAAUUUAUCAUCGAAAGAUAUACACGUUUUAGAUUCAGAAAAAGAAAUUACUUUGAUACAUGAUAAACACAACUUUGAUAUACAUGGAAGUAUACCUGAUAAACAUAGUUUUGAACAUAUUGAUGAUAUUGCCGAAUCAGAUGCCGCUUUUCAAAUGGUACCUCAUGUAUCACCAGCAAUACCUGCUUCUUUACCCCCCACAAUACCAGAAGAUCCUUUUUCAGAAGAUGAAGAUGAUUUAAUAGAAAAUUCUAUAGAUACUGUUCCUAAUAUUAUGAUAACGGAACAUAUGGCUCCUUUGGUUGAUCGAGGUUUUCAUUAUCCUGACUUGGAUCUAGAAGCAAAAGAACUGGAAAUCAAAUCUUCAACCCCACAAACCCCAGCAUCAAUUAGUAGUAAAGAAUCAUCAGAUACAGAUCAGGGUAGAGAAUACAUAAUUAAUGAAGAAUAUGACCCACACGAAGAACCUUCAUGGACUGUUGAGGAACAAACAGUUCUUGAAAAUGUUGAAGAAAUAGAAGAAAAAGAAUCGGUUUCAUUAAGUGAAUCCUUCGAAUUAGUUGAUAAUAUUGAAGAAAAACUUGCAGACAGCUCAGAAGAUGAAUUUGUAGUUAUAGAAGAAAUAGGAAAAGAAGCUAGAGAAGAUGAUUCUGAAGGAAAAGCAAUACAAAUUGAAAGAAAAACUAAAAUAAUUCAUAAAAAUUUGAGCAGCGCUGGUUCAUCUCAACAUGAAUCAGACUCAGAAAGUCCGGGAUCAAAAAGUCAACUUGAAUUAGAAAUUACAAAUCAAAAAUGGGUAGAACUUCAAUUUGAAGAUGAUAAUACUAUAAACGAAGUUUAUGGAUACAAUAUAGAGUAUGAACGACCUCCCCUUGAAGAUAUCAAAGAAGAAGAUACAGACGAUUUGCAAAGCAGUAAAGUUGGGAGUAUUGGUAGUCAAGUCAGUCAUUCAAUUGAUAGUUUUGGCAGUAUGAAAGAAUCAUUUAGUAGUACUCCAGAAAGUAAAAAAUACUUAGGAAAAUCAUUAGAAAAUGAUAAUAUAUCCGUGAAUUCCCUACAAGAAUUUGAAAGAUUAGAACAGUUGGUAAGAAUCGAAUCAAUGAAAGCUAAAUCUUCGGGAUCUUUAGCAUCUACUACAAGUUCUUCUAAUAGCAGAAAAGAUGAUUUAUCAUUAACUUCUCUUAAAGAUUUUGAAACAAUAGAAGCAGCUUGUUUUAAGACUGAGAUGAUUGAAAAAAAAGCUUUAGCUACUGAAAAAUCAUUAGAAGAUGAAGAAGGAUUAUUUAAAAUCAAUGAAAUCAUCAAAGAGGCUGAGAUAAACUUAGAACAAAACGAAGAUUAUUCUGAAAAACAUUUAUCAGAAGAUGAUAAUUUAACUAGCACAGAAUCUCUUGACUUAAAAACAAUUGUUACUGAAAUGAAAGUGUCGGCUUCUCUUGAGCAUAUGCCAAAUAUUGGGUUUGUUGAAGGAAAACAAAUCGAUUAUGAUGACUGCAUGAACUCAAGUGUUUCAAGUCGUGGUUUUAGUAGUCCAAUUAUGGAUGAUCAUUCUAAAGAGUCAUCAUACAGAAACAGUUUAAUUUUAGGUAGCAAUGAUUCACUAGGACCAAUAAGUACCACAUCAACGAAUGCCACUUACCACUGUGAAACUGGAUCUAACAUGUCUUCUAGUUUCACAAGUGGAGGUUCCAAUACUAUGGUAUCCAGUAUGGAAGGCUUAGAUAAAACUGAAAAUAAAAAUGAUUGGUUUGAUGAACAUGAAAAUUUUGAAACAUAUAAAAAGGAUUCAGAUGGAACAGAAUUCACUCACAAAAUUAUACGAUUGCCUGCAGAAAUACAUAAAGUAACGGCAAAAGGACCCGAAAAAGAAAAAAUUAUAAAAGAUUUUGUAGAACACUUUUCACCUGGCGAAUUUCAAGAGGAUAUGGAACGUACAGAUGAGCAUGGAAAUAUAUUUGUUACACGAAUUGUACAAAAACGAAUGGUUUUUGAUACUGAAGAGCUAACAAAUAAAGGCGUUUCCGAAGACGAAUUAAACGAAUGUUUGAGAAAACUUUCUAAAGAUGCCCCUAGUGGAUUUGAAAUCAGUAAGAAAACGUCAACACAUAUUGCAGGAUCGUCUGAAGAGAUAACUGGACCAUCAAAUAAUGAUACAAAAAAAGAGUUGCAAGUGGCUGCAUCAAAACCGGAGUUGAAGUGUGAAAUUAGUAUGGACGACGAUACAGAAAUAGAUCUACGCGAGCAUGACUGGCGCUUUCAACAUCAAAUAAAUACUGAAACUGAUGACAUUACAAAGCCAAGUACAUCUGGAUGGACCGGAAAAUCAAAAUCGAAAGAAAAUGUAUCUGAACUGUGAAGUCAAUAUAUAAUAUAAUUUUUUAAUUUUAAAAAUAAAUUGUUUGUCACUAUUAUUAUUAGAAAAUAUUA